GCUGAUAUUUAUAGUUUGGGUAUGAUAAUGUGGGAACUUACAACAGGUUGUAAACCUUUUGAUAACGUUAAACAUGAUCAUCAUCUUAUUUAUAAAAUUCUUGAUGGAGAACGACCUAAAAUUACGGAAGAUACACCAGAAUGUUAUGCUGAAUUAAUAAAAAGUUGUUGGGACCCUGAUCCUAAAAAAAGACCUUCUAUAAAAGACAUU